ACCACAACGAUUUCAGAUAUGCACUGGAGGCUUUAUUAGUUCUUGCGUGCGAGAGUUGGUGUGCAGAUAGAAGAUCAACAAGCGACAAAGAGCAAACCAGAGCAAGACUGUUGGCGUGAAGACUGCGUUCAUAAGAAAUCAUGAAGACGAUACAAUUUCCUGGUUUGAUGAACUCUCAAGCGAAGCUAUUACAGAUUCAGGCAAUGGGAGCGAGGACUGAACUCGGUACUACAAAAGCACCUGUGUACCAAAAACCAAAAGAUCUGUUACGAGGCAGCGAGGGUACGCCGAAAUGCUGCUACUGCAAAAGCGAAGAGGACGAAGAUAUCGAUCAUUUCUUUCUCUCCUGCGGCAAAUUCCACGAGAUUCGAGAAUCCCUCCUUCUACAACUCAAAGAGAACCUCGAGGCUCUUGGUGAUCGGGGAGUUCAGGCUUGGGACGCUUUUAAUCAGGGGUCAGCUACCAUUAGGUCCCAGAUCGUCCUCGGUCUAUUUAGCUUCGGCAGUCACGUGGAUGAAGUGGUUGGUCAAUUUCGUGAGCAGUUCGUUGCCGGAGCCUGGAAUGAGCGGAUUGUGAUCUGAAAGACAAACGAGCCCGCGAACAAGCUGGCAGUGGAUACACAAGGGUUUGGUUUUGCGCCAAGCCUAUUAUUUAUGCUUGGAAUGACAUUUAGUGAACCACGGAGUACACAGAAAAGAAAAGUAACAAUCAAGAUGCUGUAUUGUCCUCACUAGGAUAACUCGUUUUAUUCAAUGAAAAAAAAAAUGAAAUGGAUUAAGUUUUAUAAUAAAUAAAGAAAAACUGAUAAUA